AUGGGAUUAGGAAAAUCAAGACUCCCAGACUUAAAUAAUAAUAUAUCAAGCACUGAUAUAUAUGAUACAAGUUGGAUUGAAGCAUUCGAAAAAUCGUUUACUUUUGUUUGGUGUGAUGCAUCAAUUGGUAAUGAAAAUAAGCUCGAUGAUGAUAAAAAUACUAUAAUGCAAUUAGCACGUAUUGUAAAUCAAAAUCGACAACUUGUACAUACAUUUAAUGAUUUAAGUGCUUGUCAAGAAUUUAUUACAGAUGUUGAUAAUGUAUGUCUAAUUAUAUCAGGUGCCAUGGGUCAAGAACUUGUACCAUUAAUUCAUAAUCUUGAUCAAAUACAUUCUAUAUAUAUAUUUUGUUUCAAUCGAGAAAAACAUCUUGCAUGGUCAUCACCUUAUCGAAAAGUUCGAGGAGUAUUUAAUAAUAUAAUUGAUAUAUGUGAAUCAUUAAAAUCUUAUGUUAGUACACAAUCAUUAAUUGAUUAUGAUCGCAUAGAAUUUGAUGUUGUUAGUAAUGAAGCAAAUCCAUUAUCACCUAAUGACGAGCAUUUAUGUUUAGUCUAUUCAAAAUUAAAUAAAAUAAUUUUAUUUAAUAUGGAUUCAUCUGAUCAUGGUAAACAAGAUAUGAUAAAUUAUUGUCGAAAUCAAUUUAAAACUGAAUAUCAAACAGAAUUAAUUAAUGAUUUUGAACUAAAUUAUUCUAAGCAUAAUUCUAUAUGGUGGUAUACAAAAAAUUAUUUUUUUCAAGGUAUUAUUAAUCGUGCAUUACGUACACAUGAUUUAUAUGCCUUAUGUUCAAUGUAUCGAUUUAUACAAGAUUUAAAUGUAAAUCUUUUACAAUUAAAUGAAAACCAACAAAUAACAACUAAUUCGUUUAGUCUUUAUUUUGGUCAAUUUUUAUUAAAGCCACAUUUUGAUGAAAUAAAGCAAAAUCUUGGUGGAUUAAUGUGUAUUAAUCAAUUUGUAUCUGCAAAUUCUGAAUUAAGUAUUGCUGUUACACAUAUUGAACAACAAAAAAAAUUAAUAUCAAAUGGAAAUAUAAAUCGUGUAGUUUUUCAAGUACAUAUCGAUCGAACAAAAGAAACCAAUGUUCCAUAUGCUAAUAUUGGUUCUAAUAGCCAAUUUGUUCAUGAAAAAGAGUAUCUUAUAUCAAUGUUCAGUGUAUAUCACAUUGAUAAAAUUGAAAAACUUCUUGGUGUACCAUCAGCAUGGGUUGUACAUAUAACAUUACUUAGUAAAAAUGAUCCACAAUACAAUAAUUUAGUACAAAAUAUAAAUGAAUAUAGAUUAGAAAAAAUGAAUUUAACAAAAUUGGGUUAUACAAUUAUGAAUCGUUUACAUCUAUUUAAAUCAACUAAUAAACUAUUUAAAGAAGUAUUAUAUGAUAGUCCACAAGAACUUCGAGAAAUUAUUUUGCAUUAUAAUAUGGGUAUUGUUUAUGACGGUAUAGGUCAAUAUGCAAAAUCAUUAGAGGAAUAUCGAAAAGUAUUACAAUUUGCACGAGAAUAUAUUCCAAGUUGUCAACAAAAAGAUGAUUUAUGUUUAGUAUCAUUAUUUUCAAAUAUGGCAAUGGCAUUUGAACAGCAAAAUCAAUUUAGUCACGCAUUGACACAUGCAUAUCGUGCACUACAAAUUGUUCUCAAUAUUCAAAAUGAUUCUAAAUUAAAAAAAGAACUUGAAAGUUCAUGUUAUUAUAAUCUUGGUUCAAUACAUAAUCAAGAACAAAGAUUAAGUGAAGCAAAACCUUUUUAUGAUACAGCAUUAAGAAUUCGAAAAGAAUAUUUACCAAAAGGUCAUUCAGAUAUAAUUAAUUUACAAAAACUUAUUACUUCACUUACAUAA